GUCUCCGAGACGGAGCCGCAGCCGCUCAGCCUGCAGCGGCCCCCCAGCUUCCCAGGGCCAGCGCCUCCGAGCGGGAAGAAAAUACAAAAUUGAGAAAGCAUAGAAGCUAUUGUGAAAUUUGGGAGAUAAAAUUCAUGCUCCUGAAGUAACUAGAGGUUCUCAGCUGCAGAGAUGUUGGAGGAGGAUAUGGAAGUGGCCAUCAAGGUGGUGGUGGUAGGAAAUGGAGCAGUUGGGAAGUCCAGUAUGAUUCAGAGAUAUUGCAAAGGAAUUUUUACAAAAGACUACAAGAAAACUAUUGGAGUAGAUUUCUUGGAGAGACAAAUUCAAGUUAAUGAUGAAGAGGUCAGGCUGAUGUUGUGGGACACAGCAGGUCAAGAGGAGUUUGAUGCAAUAACUAAGGCCUAUUAUAGAGGAGCCCAGGCUUGUGUGCUUGUAUUUUCUACCACUGACAGGGAUUCUUUUGAAACAAUCCCCACCUGGAAGGAGAAAGUCGUGGCUGAAGUUGGAGACAUCCCCACGGUGCUUGUGCAGAAUAAGAUUGACCUCCUGGAUGAUUCUUGUAUAAAGAAUGAAGAGGCAGAAGCAUUGGCAAAAAAGUUAAAGUUAAGAUUCUACCGAGCAUCAGUGAAAGAGGACCUAAAUGUAACUGAAGUUUUUAAAUAUUUGGCUGAAAAAUAUCUUCAAAGGCUCAAACAACAAACAGCUGAAGAUCCAGAUGUAGUACAUACAAGUAGUAACAAAAUUGGUGUUUUUAAUACAGCUGGUGGAAGUCAUUCAGGCCACAAUUCUAGCACACUUAAUGGUGGAGAUGUCAUCAACCUUAGACCAAACAAACAGAGGACCAAGAAAAACAGAAGUCCUUUUAGCAGUUGCAACAUACCUUAGAACCACUUUCGGAAGGAAAAAGAAUGACAGUCAUUUGGAUGAAGUUGUGCAAUUAAAUACGGAAUACAGCCAGCUAUAGAGGUAUUUUACCAGUGCUCUAGCAAACCUUGCACCUACAGGAUCCUUGAUAGAUGGUGGAUUUAAAUAAUA